UGCUGUUUGGGGCCCUGGCUGAGUUGGAAUCCCUGAGAUUGAACUGAUUUGAACAACCAUUUCUUAACCGGGAAGGGCCUCCCCUCUGCCCAGCCCACACCCAUUUGAGCUUCACUGGCUCUUUUGAACAGAAGCCUUUCUCAGUUUUGACUUGGUUCAGUGAGCAAGGUUACAGUUUAGAAACAGCGGCUGCAGAGUCGAAUGUCUCCUCACCCUUUUGCCUUCCUCCUGAGCCGACCUCGAGCCGUGCCAGACAAUCCCUAGGCUGAUUAAACGGCCCCAUCCCUGAUUACUUACUUGGUCUUUGCCUGCUGAGGAACUCUGAACAAGGAGACAUGCAGAUAUGUUGCAGCAUAUUCAAGCAAGGAGGAUUUUAGCAUGGAAGACACUAAGCUGGUCUCGCCUGAUGGCAACAAAGUGCAAGAUAAGAAAAUCGCUCCCUCCAACCGGUCCUCCUCUGCUAUUUCAGGACAAAAUAGCAACCACUCAGGAAAUAAACCAGACCCUCCACCCGUGCUGCGAGUUGAUGACCGACAGCGGCUGGCCCGGGAGCGGCGUGAGGAGCGGGAGAAGCAGCUAGCUGCAAGAGAAAUAAUCUGGUUAGAGAGAGAGGAGCGAGCCAGGCAGCACUACGAAAAGCAUCUGGAGGAGAGGAAGAAGAAGUUGGAAGAGCAGAGGCUGAAGGAGGAACGGCGGAGGGCUGCGGUGGAGGAGAAGCGGAGACAGCGACUCGAGGAGGACAAGGAGCGCCAUGAAGCUGUCGUUCGACGUACAAUGGAAAGGAGCCAGAAGCCAAAACAGAAGCAUAACCGAUGGUCGUGGGGAGGCCCUCUCCAUGGGAGUCCCAGCAUCCACAGCACAGAUCCAGACAGGCGGUCAGUUUCCACCAUGAAUCUUUCGAAACAUGUUGAUCCCGUCAUUAGCAAGCGGCUCUCCUCUUCAUCUGCAACUUUACUAAAUUCUCCAGAUAGAGCUCGCCGCCUGCAGCUCAGCCCAUGGGAGAGCAGCGUGGUUAACAGAUUGCUGACGCCCACACAUUCGUUCCUGGCCAGAAGUAAAAGCACAGCUGCCUUGUCUGGAGAUACAGCAUCUUGCAGCCCCAUCAACAUCAUGCCCUACAAAGCUGCACAUUCUAGAAAUCCGAUGGAGCGACCAAAAUUCUUUGUAACACCGCCCGAGGGCUCUGCGCGAAGGAGGACUGUUCACGGCACAGCGGGCUAUAAGAGAGAGAGGGAGAGAGACAACGUACCCUUCCACCUCACAUCCAGCGCCCGAAGGGCUCUGUCUCCAUCUCAUCCCAAAGCCAGGUCACCAGCUUCCUCCCGACUUUGGCUCCCAUCCAAGUCCUUUCCCCAUUUGCCUGGCACACCCAGACCGGCACCCUCCGCGCCUCCUGGAUCCGUCAAAGCUGCCCCCGCUCAGGCUCGGCCCCCCUCCCCUGGCAACAUCCGCCCCAUCAAGAGAGAAGUCAGAGUGGAACCUGAGAGAAAAGACCCCGACAAGGAACCUCAGAAAGUUGCCAAUGAGUCCUCACUAAAGGCCAGAGCACCCCUAGUGAAGGUAGAAGAAGCCACAGUUGAAGACACGACACCUGUCGAACCAGAGGCUGCCCCUGCUGCUCCAGCAGCAGCCCCAGGCCCGGGUCCGGCCCCGGGUCCGGCCCCAGCCCCAUCAUCCACCGUGACUGCCAGCGCUUCUCCCAAGACCUCUGCAGGCACCACUGACCCAGAAGAGGCCACAAGGCUGCUAGCUGAGAAGAGACGACUGGCCCGGGAGCAGAGAGAGAAGGAGGAAAGGGAAAAGAGGGAAAAGGAAGAGCUCGAAAGACAAAAGAGAGAGGAACUGGCUCAAAAGGUGGCGGAAGAGAGAACCCGCCGAGAGGAGGAGGCCCGCCAGCUGGAAGCUGAGCAAGCUCGGGAGAGGGAAGAGCAGCUGCGGCGGCAGGAGGAGGAGCGGGCCCGGCGCGAGCAGGAGGAGGUGGAGCGUGUCCAGAAACAGAAAGAAGAAGAAGCUCGUGUUCGAGAAGCAGCAGAGAGGGUCCGACAGGAACGGGAGAAGCAUUUCCAGAGAGAAGAGCAGGAGCGCCUGGAGAGAAAGAAGCGACUUGAGGAGAUUAUGAAAAGAACCAGGAGAACAGAAGCUUCAGAUAAGAAAACUGUUGAUCAGAGAAAUGGAGAUAUAGCCAAGGGAGCUCUCACUGGAGGAACAGCAGUAUCUGCACUUGAAUGUGUGACAAACUCUCCAGGACAAGGAGAACCAGUGGCCAGCCCCCAUGUGGCUACCUCACACCAAUCAAAAGUGACUUUGGAGAGUACUCCCAAUUUGGAAAAACAACCAAAUGAAAAUGGAGUAUCAGUUUCAAAUGAAAACUUUGAAGAAAUUAUCAACUUACCUAUUGGAUCUAAACAAUCCAGAUUAGAUGUCACCAACAGUGAGAGCCCAGACAUUCCUUUGAAUCCAAUUUUGGCCUUUGAAGAUGAAGGUUCACUUGGGCCCCUGCCUCAGGUAGAUGGUGUCCAAACACAACAGACAGCAGAAGUUAUAUGAGCAUUUCUUCUGAAGAACCAAAGCAGAAAUUUAAGAAGAAUUUCUACAAUUAAUGGAACUCCUUCCACACUACAAAAGAGCAUUCCCCCCUGCUCCAGUUUUCUAAAGAUUUCUUGACCAUCAUUUUGAAAAGACUUUAUUAAAACCAGCUGAGACAACAAACUGGGUAGCUUUUCUAAUAAUUGUCGCCAAUAGAGAAAAAGAAAUGCUCCUUGUUCUUCGGUACCUUAAAAUCGCUUAUUCCAGUGUGCUCCUUCUUAGGAAAUCAAUAUUUUUCUGCGUUCUUUAUAAAAGAUGAGAGCAUUUGGCUAUAAAAGAAAUGGGCUGAAUAGGCAUGAUUUUUCACUUAGCUGUUUUGGUCUUUAAAAUCUAACCUGUAAAAUUGGCAAAAUUUUUACCUUUUACAAUACUUGAAAUAUAAGUACCUCUUGGCUCCACAAGUAGAGUGAAUAGGAGAUGUGUCUAGGUUAAGCCUGUUUGUUCAAAUAUUAUUGCAAAGAGCUCUACUUGUAGAGGGAAAUUAUAGGCAGAUUACCAGGUUCUUGUAAAUGCAACUUGUACACGGACACUCUGCAAACCCCACUGUCCCGUUCUUCUUGCAUCUCCUUUUUUGCAAAAGUGCACUCAAGUUUUAAAAUGUGAAAAAAAAAAUAUUUUUUCAGAGCAAGAAAAUAAUUUACUGUCCUCUUAAAUAAUGUAUUUAUAAAAAGUUUUUCAGAUAAACUAAUCAAAUAAAUUAGAACAAUGUGACACUGCAAGAUUUGAUUUAUGAGAUGCAUUUCUUAUGUUACCAUGAGAGAAUGUUGCUAAUGAUUCAGGGCUAUUUCUGAAGUCUGUUUAUUGCUGCUGUCCCCAGUGAUGGUGGGACUUAUCUUUGCCUUACCUGAUCACAAAUUAUGUGGGGGGCGGGGGGGGGGGAUAACAAUUUACUAUUUAAAUAAAAAAAGAACUUUGGUUUUGCUCGUUUAAGAGCAAUGAAAAAAUGAUGGAAUGUUGACUGUGUUUGGCACCCAGGACUCUGCAGGAUACCUUCCCGAAGGUUCUCGUUCUGCGUGGCAUCCAUCAGCCCUCACUCUUCAUCCUUCCUCACUUUUGCUGCUGAGCUUGGCUGUACAAACUUGCACUUUCAUUUGAUAGUAUAAAUUCAGUUUUAUUUUACCAUUUGAAACUAAUAAUAACUAAAUGUUGAAGGAGAGAAAGAACACUAAGGGACCAAUGUUUUUAUUAUGGAGUGUUAAAAAAACUUCUGCCACUAGAGAGUGUGUUUUGUUUUUUUUUUUUUUAAAGAGGGAUUGGUUAAUCUAUUAGGUUGAAUGAGAGGUUAUUCAUUUAUUGGACUAUUUCCUUAAAAUCCAAGUGUACUGUCUUUAGUAAUAGCUGUAACUUGUUAAAACAUUAAUUUGGGGAUUUUCCCUCUCAGUUGUCCAUGUACACAUAGUCAUAUUAAAAAAAAAAUCUGUUC